AUGAACAAAAUACAUUCGGGCAUUCUAGCUAUAGUUUUGAGCAUAUUUUUGAUACAGGCAACAGAUCCACCAUUCGAGAACCCAUCGGGGCAUUUUCUACAAUAUUUUCCAGUGAAAAUUGUCACUCAUGAUGAAGUGACUUUACCAUCUCCUACUGAACAGUACCUUAGAGAUCGAAGCAUCACCGAUCGUGAAACAAACAAAGACGAUUUGAAACAUUUUCACAGUUACCUAAGCCAGUUGCAGGAUGACUCACAAAAUUCCACGAAUUCUGGUCAAGGAACCGUUAAUUUGCCUGAAGAGCACGGUGCCAUUAGCAAGUUAUUACACAAGCAGAAGUCACCGUACGAGAAAUUACUAGAAAAGGAUUUUAUAAAACCGUUAUUGAAGUUAUACGAAAGCCAAAUCCAUCAAAAGCCCGAUUAUGUAAUUGGAAAUGCCACCGCGCAAUCCAGAAUUUCCAAAGAAGAUUAUGUGGACGAUCUGAAAGUCUUGUCCAAGGAAGAACUUGAUAUGCUGAUUCACGGAAGUGAAAAGUACCAACAGAACGAAUAUGACGACGAGGAUAAAAAUCAAGAUUUAACCCAGGACCAGAGUUUUCAGGAAAAUGUGCAGUUAUCAAGAAGAGAUGACACCUUAGUUGAAAAUAAUGACAAAGAACACAUAGGCGAAAUUUUACCGUCAGAUUUUAAUGAUAACCAAAGCAAUGAAAGAACCCUACACACUCAACACAGGUUUUCUCCAGUACGUAGGAGGAUAUAUCAUCAAAAUUGGUACAAUCCGCGCCAUACAAACUAUAGAAUGCGGAAAUCGUAUGAGUACGAUGAGGGCUUUAAGCCCUCCCAUCCCUAUACCGCUGAGAACACUGAGGCCCCACGUUUGCGAUCCCCUAUAUCUUUCCCCGGGGAAAGAUUCCGACCGGAAUACGAACCUACAGCUAUCUCCAAUGAAGGAAUAGACAACGCAGGAUAUCCUUCCGACCAAAUUAACAAAUAUAAUCGUCCAGAGAGCUAUGACUCUUCUUCAAGUCCUAAGGAUGAAGCUAGGACUGCCUAUUCGCGCCCUUCCAGGUUGAAUUUCCCUCCAAGUGAGGUGAACGGGUUCAGGAUCCCACGCAGGUUCAGGGGGUUCAGGGAUCCGUACUCGGAAGGGUUCCAACCCACGGCCCGCGAGCCGUAUUUUGAUCCGUCUUCGCGGUUUCAUUCGAGUUGGCCCUCGAGACGGCCCCGGGUGAUUUUUCCCACGGAUUUGGUGGCGUUCAGGGAUCCGGUGCAGAAUGGCAAUCAAGAUCAGGAGCCGGAGUGGUUGGCGGGAGAUAACAGCUUGCAGGAUAUACAGGAGCAGGAUACCAGAGAUAAAGGGGCGUACGAGUUUUGCUCACCUGGAGCCACCUGUGAGUUCUUUCUGUCGUGCUGGCUGUCGGGCGGGCUGCUGGACCAGCCCUGCGAUGGUCUGUUGAGGGGCUGCUGUUUUCGGGGAGCGGCCAAAAAGGGCAGGAAUGACGGCUUGUCCAUUGGCACCCUCGAAGCGCCCCGAGAGACAGGAAAAAGUUCCGAAAGCCUACUUCGCCAUAAGUUAGGAUGUGGAGUAUCGAGUCCGAGACAGCAGGCACAAAGAAGGAUCGUAGGAGGCGAGGAGGCGGGUUUCGGUACAUUCCCCUGGCAGGCCUACAUAAGAAUCGGCUCGUCAAGGUGCGGCGGUUCUCUAGUCAGCAGGCGUCACGUUGUAACGGCCGGCCACUGCGUGGCCCGGGCAACCCCCAGACAGGUGCACGUCACCCUAGGCGACUACGUCAUCAACUCUGCGGUGGAGCCCCUGCCCGCGUACACCUUCGGGGUGUCCAACAUACAGGUGCAUCCUUUCUUCAAGUUCACCCCCCAAGCGGACAGAUUCGACGUCGCAGUCCUUCGUCUAGACAGGACUGCCCAUAACCUCCCGCACAUCACCCCCAUUUGCCUUCCCCCUCGUGGUGAAAACUUCCUAGGAGAAGUGGGCGUCGCCGCCGGUUGGGGGGCUCUCAGCCCCGGUUCGAGGCUGCGUCCCCAAACCCUGCAAGCGGUCCAGGUGCCCGUUAUCGACAACCGACAGUGCGAACGAUGGCACCGUUCCAAAGGCAUAACCGUCACCAUCUACGACGAGAUGAUGUGCGCCGGAUACAAGAACGGGGGUCGCGACAGCUGCCAGGGAGAUUCCGGUGGGCCUCUCAUGCUGCAGAAGACGGGGAGGUGGUUUCUUGUAGGGAUAGUGUCGGCGGGGUACUCGUGCGCUCAACCCGGGCAACCAGGCAUCUACCACAGAGUGGCUCAUACCGUGGACUGGAUCACAAGAGCGAUCGGUUCUUAGUUACCAUUGUUUUAAGGCGUGUAUUUAUUUAGUUAGUAUGUGCUUUAUUUAUGUUGUAGAUGUAGAUCGCUGUACAUUUUGUAUAUAGGUAGCUUAUUAAAGUAACGAGUUGUUAGAUGUCGAAAAUGUCGAUAUAUUGUGUAAAAGUUGUUGAUGGUCUUUAGGAGAUGAUAUGAAAUUAUUUGCGGUUCAAUACGUAUUUCUUUA